AUGAGGAUCUGUAUCCUGCUAAGCGCCUUCACUAGCCCUCAUCCAACCGAGGAGUAUAGUCCUGCCCAUGACCCAGGCAAUUUCACAGAUCAACAUACAUUCGACCUUGUAUGGAUUCGAAAGGACAUCGCAAAUGAGCAGAUAGACAAUGCAGUCUCGAAGGGGUAUGAUUUUUACUUCAACUUUAUGUGGGGUCAACAUGAAGACGAUGUGGCGGGCAUUGCAGCAUGCAAGUACUUUGAGAGUCUGAACCUCCCCGCCAUUGGCCAGCGCAGUGAGGUUCUUGAAAGAUCAAAGAAUGAAUUCUACAAGGAGGCACGUACUCUGGGCUAUCCUCGCGUGCCUGGUACCUCCAAUUAUCCACUCUUUGUCAAGGCAGCGUCCAGCUGCGCCAGUCAGUUCAUUUCGAACAAGUCUUUGUGUCGCAACCGCGAUGAGCUUGUUCAGAGCCUUGCCAGCAUUGAAGAAGCUUUGGCUCCCGGUCGAGCCCUGGCCGGUCAAAACAGCGAAUCAGUAGUCCGUCCUCCUGCUAUAAUCGAUGGCAUCACGAUCCCCGCAGAUGUGGUGGUCCAGGAAUACAUUUCCGGCUGGGACCACUCGGUGGUUAUCAUCGAGGUGGGUGACUGUCCAGUGCCCCUGGCACCCGCGCGAUACAUGUACCCAACCGGCUUCACCCCCUACGUCGACUUUUUAACCUUCGACACCAAGUUUCAUCCGGAGACACACAUCGAGCCACUACGAUAUAAGGAUGACCCCGCGUUCUAUACCAAAUUGCAGGAGAUUGCAGUGCAGGCAUUCCACGCCAAUAAUAUGGCAGGCCAGAGCUGGUGCAACGUCGACAUUCGUGUUCCACGGCCUGGACACGGAGAGCCCGUCGUCAUGGAAGUCAACCCGAUGCCCGCGGUUUUCAUGCCCCCAGACCACCAGUGGGAAGACAUUGUCAUAAGGGAAAGCUUCCCGGGUGGCCAUCGUGCCCUCACAAACACGCUCAUUGCCAGCCACCUGGUACAACGUCGCGCGCGUGAGCGGGUUCCAAACCCGGUAGCAGAUGUGUACGACAAUGUGAGCAUUAAAUACGACGAGAAUAUUGCCACCAUGACACACCUGGACACCAUAUACCACAGGGUCUUGGCCCGUGUCGAUCUUUCUCAGGGAACGAUCCUCGAGCUGGGCGCGGGAACUGGUCUGUUUGGUCGUGCUUUGGAGCAGUCGAUGCAUCGCAGCCCGAUCACGGACUCAAAUUCGGACUCCUCAUCCAAUGAUGGAAAAUCGGCUUCCUCAUCGCUCGACACAAAAUCAAGCGAAGCCUAUUCGCUCACUGGAAUCGAGCUGUCCAAAGGAAUGGCUGAAAAAUGCCGGAAAACAGGUGUUUACGAGAAAGUUCAUCACGGCUCCAUUCAAGCCAUCCUCCCGACAAUCGGACCGUUUGAUCACAUUGUCACUAUCUCGGUCCUGUACUUCCUGUCGCCUGUGGAUUUCUCGCUCGCAAUGGUACGGUCGUUCCAACUGGCGCGAAAGUCUCUGGUGGUGAGUAUCGAUGAAGUUCCUGAGAGUUACACCGCAAAGCUCACGGAGAUGGGACCUCCUCAUUGUCAUAUGAUCGGGUAUAAUCACCUAGAAGAUAUGGAGAAAACAUUCUGCAACCCACCGCCCCCUGGGUGGAAGCUGACGGAGAAGUUCCGGCAGUCUGCGUGGAACUCCCCAUCAACUGGUAUCGAGGUAUACAUGACAACAUACUGCUUCGAGCGGGAUAUGUGA